AUGGCUGAAAUUUCGCUUUCUGAGAUUCCCGCUGCCGUGGACGAGCUUCGGACGAGCUUUGUUAGUCGUCCUCGCCGUUCUACCCAAUUUGUCAAAACCCAAUUGCUCUCGCUGAAGGAGUCUGUCAAGAAGUACCGUUCGGAGCUGAUCCAGUCGCUGGUGACGGAUUUCAAUCGGGCCCCACUGGAGACCGUGAUUGGCGAGUUUGCGCCCGUUGAAGGUGAAUUGACCUAUUUGAUCAACAACCUUUCAUCGCUAACGGCUCCGGAAUACCCUACUUCAAAACCGUUUGCAUACGCAGUUGUUCCUAUUCGUCUGGAGAAAGAGGCUCUGGGAACGAUUCUGAUUGUGUCUCCGUUCAAUUUCCCGCUGCUGUUGUCUCUGAGUCCUCUGGUGGGCGCCCUAAGUGCGGGAAACAACGUCGUGCUCAAACUGCCAUACGACAGAUGCCCCACCUUCUGCUCUGUACUGACCAAAGUUCUGUCCGAAUCGAUUGAUCCAGAGGUGCUCAAGAUCGUCAAUGGUGGACUGCCAGAGUCCAAGGCCCUGCUCGAGCAGAAAUACGACAAGAUCAUGUUCACUGGCUCCACCUCCGUUGGCAAAAUCGUCCAUGCCAAGGCCGCCGAAUCGCUCACCCCAACGCUGUUGGAACUCGGCGGAAAGUCCCCAACGUUUCUCACGGCCAGUGCAGACCUCGAGGUUGCCAUCACAAGAAUUCUAUGGGGUACUUUCUUCAGUGCUGGCCAGGCAUGUACUUCCCCGGAUUAUCUGCUGAUUCAGGACACUAUUUACGAUAAGGCAAUCUCGACGAUCUUGAAGCUGGCUAAAAAGGACUGGCAGUUCGAUGAGUCUUCGGACUAUACACACAUCAUAAACGCCGACUCUUACAACCGGCUGACAAAGCUGCUGGAAACCACCAACGGACAGACCAUUUUUGGCGGCAAGUACGACGCAAAGACCAGGUUUCUAAGCCCCACCAUCGUCGCAGACGUCGAUUGGACCGAUCCGCUGAUGAAAGACGAGGUUUUUGGACCUAUUCUGCCUGUUCUGAAGUACUCAUCGCUCGAGAAAACCGUUGAGGAGGUGCAGAAGUUCCACGACACCCCGUUGGCAACCUACGUCUUCUCCAACAGCCAGCAGGAAAUCGACACAGUGAAACGGAUCCGGUCUGGAGCAUUGCUCAUCAACGACACCAUGAUCCACCCUUCGAUCUUCACAUGUCCGUUUGGCGGGGUGGGCACCUCGGGGAUGGGCGCCUACCACGGCCAGUACUCGAUCGACACAUUCAGCCACAAGAAAAUCGUUCUCCAGCAGCCAAAAUGGUACGAGGCCCUGCUCAAAGACAGAUAUCCACCGUACACACAGGGGAAGAUCGAUAAGCUAUCUUUGGUGUUCAGGAUUCCGAACGUCAAGACGCUCACUAGCGGUCAUUUCCAGGCAGCUGUUGCCGUGCUGCUGGCUGUCUUUAUUGGAUUUUUCCUCGGAAAACGCCACGCGUAG